GCGGAGGACACGGACGAUGGCAGACUUUCUGAAAGGCUUGCCCAUCUACAACAAGAGCAACUUCAGCAGGUUCCACGCAGACUCCGUGUGCAAGGCCUCGAACCGCCAUCCCUCAGUGUACCUGCCCACCCGAGAGUACCCAUCAGAACAGAUCAUUGUGACAGAAAAGACGAACAUUCUCCUGCGGUACCUGCACCAGCAAUGGGACAAAAAGAACGCCGCCAAGAAGAGAGACCAAGAGCAGGUGGAGGCAGAGGGUGAGAGCUCAGCGCCACCCCGCAAGGUGGCCCGGACUGACAGCCCCGACAUGCCCGAGGACACCUAGGCCCCGUGAAGUGCCCCACCUCUGU